GCGAUCAAGAGAGAACGACUAAUCCUAUCCGAAGAAACCCUUCAUUUAGAAAAUCCACCAUAGAGAGAGAAAAUGGCAAGCAUGUCUUUGACAUCCAUCCUUACCAAAUCCCAUAAUGUAGGAGCGAUGGUGGUUCGAAACCCAUGGAGUUCUAGGGUUUUUGUUCCCGUUGCAUUGCGUCCUUUUCAGAAAAUUGAGCGCCAUGAGUCUCAGACAACACAUGCAUGCGACAAGGCGGCCGAUGCAGCCGGACAAGGCACCGGCGAGUUAAAAAUGGCCGGCCGAGAAAUGAAAGACAAGGCUGCCUCCACUGCUGAAGAUAUGAAUCAAAAAACGAAAGACGCGGCCGGGAAGGCGGCGGACACUGCACAGGAUUUAGCAGAGAAAGCCAAGCAGACUGCACAAGAUGCCUGGGGUUCAGUCAAGGAUACAACCCAGAAAAUCAAAGAGACGGUGGUUGGCAAGGCCGAAGAAUCAAAGGAUUCCAUCAAGCAAAAUGCAGAAAAGGUCAAGCGCGAAAUGGACAUGAAGAAUUAGCAUGCGCAGCUCCCCCACUGCCCGCCCUAAUGCACAACUUAAUUUAUCGUCCUAUAAUUUCUCUUUUUUGAAUGAAAAAAAAAAUCUAAGAACACGAUCAUAAAGGAUGGAUAAUAAACUCGCAAAUAAAUUUGUGUAUUUUAUCACUUCCCAUGGAGUAUUUAUUUUUGUCUAUUGUCUGGAAUCUGGAUCUCGUUCUUGUUCGUGGCCUCUAAUCGCAUCGCCAUAAUUUCUUUGGAAAA